AUGUUAACCUCUGUGCCACCGCGAUACCCUGUGUUGGAUACCCGGUGUUGUUGGAUACCCGGUGUUGUUGGAUACCCGGUGUUGUUGGAUACCCGGUGUUGUUGGAUGGCCGGUGUUGUUGGAUACCCGGUGUUUUUGGAAACCCGGUGUUGUUGGAUGCCCAGUGUUGGAUAUCUAGUGUUGUUGGAUACCCAAUGUUGGAUACCCGGUGUUGGAUAUCCAGUGUUGUUGGAUGCCCAGUGUUGGAUAUCUAGUGUUGUUGGAUACCCAAUGUUGGAUACCCGGUGUUGGAUACCUGGUGUUUAG